CCCCUAGCAUCCCUCCCCAUCACACCUCGCCAAGUCCCUCCUCCUCCUCCAUUUCUGCUCUGCACAGAGCAUCAAAACAACCCAACCUUCCUUCCUUCCUUCCCACCCUCCUCCUCUUCCUCUGCUCCUUCCCCCUUACGAGGAAGAAGGUGGGUCCGAGAGAUUGCUAGCGGUAGCCUCGUUAAGAAAAACAUUCGAUACCCACCAACGGCGGCGAACGAAGGAAGCGGAAGAUAUUAACUUUGACGGCGAUUAACUUGACUUUCCCUCGAUUCGGUGUCUUGGGUCUCUCCGCCAGAUCUGGAGUUGAAGCCAUGGCGACGGAGGUGUUGCGGCCUCGGGACUGCCUGAUCCAGAGGAUCCGGGUAUCGCCGGCGUCCUUCCCUCGCCGGAAGGCCUGCAACUAUGGGAACUCGUAUUCUAACCCCAGCAGAUCUAGCGCUAGGCCUAACCGGAAGCAGAUCCAUCAGCAGCAGCAGCCGGCGGCGAAGCCGGAGGUCCAGCGGAAGCGGUUGGUGCCCGCGCAGCCGGAGCCGUCGACCUCCUUCUCGAGGUCCAGCUCCGACGACCUGAGGCAGGGGAGGUCGUCCUCCGGCCUCGUGAUGGAGAAGGUCACGAUCCUCCGGCGGGGCGAGUCGCUGGACUCGAAGAUCAAGAGCCAGGUCUCGGAGGCGGCGGCGUCGUCGAGCGGCCUGGUCGUCUGCGACGGGACGCAGCGGCUGGGCCCCGACCCGGCGAUGGUCCCUAAGCAGGUCCGGAUGGUGGAUCUCAGGUCUCCGGCGGCGGCGAGGAGGUGCGACGUGUACGCCGGGUCGGCGUUCGCGGUGUCGCCGGAGCCGAGCUCCCUCCCCCUCCCGUCGUUCUCGAAGAAGAAGCACGUCUCCUUCGACGACUCGGCGACCAGGGAUCUCCGGAGGCUGCUGCGUCUCGACUGAGGAAAGGGUCUCGGACGGCGAAGAAGACCCGGUUCGCUAGAUCCGGGCGCGUGCCCGGAUCCGACUCUCUCUCUCCCUCUAUCUCCUUCUACGUAGGUUCCAUGUCUCGUCGCCGGAGCAUUUUCUCGCGAUAUUUUGGAGGUCAGAUCGCAGCCGCGAGUUUUUGAGAAGCGGGUGGGAUGGAUAGAUCUCGAUAUCGGAGAAAUUGACCGGGGGCGAUUCAGUAAAUUUGCAAUCUUUCUUCUUCUUCCUCUUCUUCUGCUCUGUGAUGUGAGAUCUUGUUAGAUCUGCAUCUGUAUCAUCACAUCUGUCUUGUGGGUGGGUCUUGUUGGGUAAUCUUUAUGUAAUUUGGGGUUGAUGGGUAUGUUCUUAGGGUGUUGUAACUUGUAAUGGAAGUGGGAAAAAAAUUAAAAUAAGGCAAAAAAAAAAAGAUGGGGAUUGAGUUUGAGUUGUAAUUUGUUGGGGGAAACAGGUUGUUGGGUUAGGGGAGGGGAGGGUGUUUAAGGUUUUAAUUUGGUGAUUAGUGAUCUCAAGUGUCUGUGCUGUCUUGUGAAAGAGAAAGAGGCCUGUAUGUAUGUAUGGUCCCUUUGCUAUGCUAUGUAAUUAAGGAAGGUAACUUUAGGGAUUUGUUGGCCAA